AUGGUUACGGAACGACGCUAUUCUAUUGAGCCUAGCGGCAAAUUUAAGGGCAAAACUAUUGGAUAUCGCCAUCUGCAAUGUCUGCUAAUAUUUACAGGCUUCUGUCUGAUUUUCGCUACGCGAGUUAAUAUUUCCAUUGCGAUCGUGGCGAUGAUGGAUAAUAAGGCGGCAAAUCCCGAUUUUCCGGAAUACGCGUGGUCCGAGCAAACCAAAUCGCAUAUACUCAGCAGCUUCUUCUGCGGUUACAUUUUGCUACAGAUACCCGCGGGUGCGUGGGCCCGUCGUCUCGGUGGUCGUUUGUUAUUGUUGAUCAGCAUCAGUAUUUCUAGUCUUUUAGCGCUGCUAACACCAUUCGCCGUCAGCAUUGGAAAUUGGCCACUAUUGUGUGCCCUACGUUUUUUCCAAGGUCUGCUACAGGGUGUCUUAUUUCCAACGGUUGCAACCAUUAUGUCCAAAUGGGCGCCCGUCGAAGAACGCAGCGCCAUGCAAACGUUUGUCUACUCCGGUGCUCAGUUGGGCAUUGUGGUGAUGUUGGCUACAAGUGGCAAUCUUUGCUCAUCGCGUUGGGGUUGGCCGAGCACCUUCUAUUUGCCUGGCGCAUUGGGCUUAAUUUGGUCUCUACUUUGGUAUACAUUUGGAGCGAGUACGCCUCGUAAUUGUAAGCAUAUUUCGAUGGAAGAGCGCGAUAUGAUUGAAACUUCGUUGGGACAUGACAAGCAGAUAACGGCGGAAAAUAAAGUGAAGCAGAUUGUACCAUGGAAACAUAUUUUUACAUCGAAGCAUUUUUUGGUAGUUCUCUUGAAUCAUUGUGCCAACGAUUGGUGCUUUUGGACAUUGCUCACACAAAUACCAUCGUAUAUAAAAAGUGUGCUCGGAAAGGAUAUUAAGAGUAAUGCAUUAAUCUCUGCGCUGCCAUAUCUUUCUAUGUUUACUUUAUCCAUGAUACUUUGUCCACUGGCUAGUUGGUUGGAGAAGUCGAAACGCUUGAAGGCAACUGUAAGUCGUAAGGUCUUCAACACGAUCGGUCUAUGGAUAUCUGCCGCGAUGCUCGUUUCUUUGGGCUUCUUGCGUAAAGAUCAAGGCGAUUUAGCGAUUGCCUUGCUAACUGCAACCGUUGCCAUUAGCACCACUUCGCAUUUUGGUUAUUCAGUGAAUCAUCUGGACUUGGCGCCGAAUCUGGCUGGCACUCUACUGGGUAUUGCUAAUUGUGGCGCCAACAUGAUGGGUGUUAUAGCGCCGCUCCUUGUUGGUUAUGUUGUUACCGAUACGACAAAUAUCCACCAAUGGCGCACAAUAUUCUUCAUCGCCGGCGGCUUUGCUUUUAUUGGCAAUUUCUUCUUUCUCAUUUUCGGCACUACUAAGGUGCAGUGGUGGAAUGAGCGACCACGCAUUAUUUCGGAGGCUGAACAGUUGGCGCAGCUUGUCGUUAGUUUAGAUAAGACUCUCACUACUAACAACAAAAUUAAAGAACCUGCUGGAGAUAUUGAAAAAUCGGAUGUGGAACACAGUACCGUAUAA